AUGGAUCUGGCGGAACAGAUACACGACUCGACAUUCUGCACAGUGAACGAUAACACCCCCACCAGAGUUAUGGGUAAUUGCCAAAGCUCGCCAGACAUAACAAUUGCGAGUGCUGGUCUGAUAAACAGUAUAGUCUGGCGACCUAUACUGACGUUAGCAUCGGACCACUUGCCCAUACAUAUCUCGAUUGACAGGCCUCCUGACUUUGUUUCCGCGGACCACCGGACAUUCGUUAACUUUAAAAAAGCUAACUGGCCCGGAUUCACGGAAUUUACCGAGAACGCCUUUAGUGCUCUUCCCACUCCAACUGACGUCACCGCUGGUGAACGCUCAUUCCGCAGGGUCGUCAUGACCGCUGCCGCCCGCUUCACCCCGGCAGGCCUAAUUGCGGAAAUCCGCCCUAAUUUUCCGACAGAAGCGGCGGUACUAGCAACCAGGCGCGACACCCUUCGAAGCUCCGAUUCCAGGAAUCCCCUAAUCAGGGAUUUAAACGCGGAGAUUCGAUUAGUCGUAAACAGUCAUAAGCGGAAAAAGUGGGAGGAGCACCUAAGGACCUGCAACCUCUCCUCUGGGGCAACCAAGCUCUGGGCCACAGUCAAGUCGCUGUCUAACCCGACGAGACGCGAUGACCGGGUGGAAAUU